GAGUAAAAUUUCAGCACUGAAAUGUCAGAAAAUUAAGCCAUUUAAAAAUUUUUGUUAAGAUCUUUUUCUCCGUCUAUAUUUGGCAGAACUGAUCAAUCUCUUCUGCUUCCCACUCUUCGGUCUGGUAUAUUUUCGCGGUAUUUUCCAAUGUUCUUGCCGUCUCAUCGUACCAAAGCCGAAUAACGGAUCUUAUGAUCGAACUUGUGUUAAACGUGAUUUCGUUCUUUUGCAAUAGUUAAAUUUUUCGAUCUUAUCAAAGGUUUUCGUUUUAAGUUUUAACCAAGAACCAAUACAGUCUACAUAAAGUGCAAUGCAAAUGGCUGAAGCUGAUCAAGAAAAUGGCGCUGGCGCCCUGAAAAUUGCCACCAACACGGCACCCAGCCAACAGCAACUCUCCCUGCCCAAGGAUGAGCAAGAGGAGGUGCUGACCCCCAAAGGUGAGAAGGAAAAGUUCGCCUACCCGCCACCACCACCACCUCCCACACCUGUCCAAGCUCCACACCCACCGGCGGCCAAGGCCUCGGUGCCGGUUCAGUUACCGUUGGAGCACGAAGACGACGAGGCCAGCUCAGAGAAGUGGGAGGAUCCCUGCGCCCCGCCCCCACCGCCACCGCUGCCCGGCAAUGCCUACUUGUCGGCUGGCCUGGGCUACCUUAAGCUGCCCGCCGUGAAGCUAAAGGAUGCCCUCGAGAAGGCCAUCACCAAGCUGGAGGCCAACAGGAAGCUGCAAAAGGGCAGUCACGAACCCAAUCGCCACAAGGAAAAUGCCAAAAUCGAGUCCAUUGAAAUGCUACCUAGAUUUUCGGAGUCGGAGGGAAUGGGCGAUGCCGCCCCGUUGGUGGUAUCAUCUUCGAUGGACCUGAUAGAGCACCCCUCGACCAAGAAGCCGGCUGUCAUUGUGCAGCUGGAGAGGCGGUUGAAAAUCAUGGGCUUGCUGGACAAACAGAAUCGGAUCAUUGGAGCCAUUUCGCGCGAGGCAAUACCGCUCUACGCUGCCGAGGAUGAGGGCCUAUCCCUGCAGGUACUCUCCGCUCGGGCCUCCACUCCGUACACUCAACCCACCAGCAUGCUGUCCUGCACGGCAGUGAGCUGCGAUCUGGAGCACGAUUCGCCCAAGAAGCUGCAGGCCAAGGCUGUAGUUGCUCCCGAACCACGUCCAGCCCAACAGAAACGAGCAUCUGGCACGCCCAGCCACAAGCCAGGAAACCUGCGGGCACCCAAAACCACUCGCUCUACUGCCAUGGUCAAUGGCAAGCCCGUUAAGCUCUACACCCGCACCCACCUGCUGGACAUUCGGAACGGCAUGUUCAACGCCCUGAUGCAUCGGUCCAAGGAGAGCUUUGUGAUGCCACGCAUUGCCACCUGCGAUGACAUCGAGUUGGAGGCGCGUCUGCGGCGCAUGAACCUCUGGCGCACCUCAGAUGGCACUCGUUUCCGGCCGCGCACCAACACGAACAGCUCGACCGCCAAUGGAAAUGAGUGUAUGCCGGCCUUCUACAAGAACAAGAACAAGCCGCAGCUAAUAAGUGACGAGUCCAUUAUCCAGAGCCAACCACCACAGCUUCAAACUGAAUUCCAGGAUCCCGCUAUUGUCAACCAACGUCGUAUUGGAAGCGGUCGCUUCAAUCACUCCAAGUGGGGCUACAACGACUAUAGUACCAUGCCGUCACAUCACAAUGGCAAGGCUCAUCAUGAUGAUGCCAAUGCCAAGCACCAGAGCAGCAACAACAUGACAGUCCUCCAGUUCUUCGACAAUGGUGAGAUUAGUAGCAACAGAGCCAGCCACAAUGGUCACAUGAAUGGCCGGCCCAACACCCCGGUAAUGGGCAUGUCCAACAACCGCUCCGAGAACGACACCCUGGGCUCCAACGAGUCCAGUGAGGAUCUGAGUCGUGCCAACGAGAACUAUGUGAAGCGGGUUAUGUCGGGCUUCCUGGUUGUCUCCAAGCCCAAGUCCCGGGACAACGAGGAGAAGCAUCACAGGCGCUAUCGGAAUCAGAGCGAGGAGCCGGAGUGGUUUAGCUGUGGCCCAACCUCCAGGCUGGACACCAUCGAGCUGUGCGGCUUCGACGAAGAGGAGGAAAAGAUGCUAAAGGAGGGUCACAAAUCCCAGCCGGGAGGAAAGAUCGAAAGGGAGGGUCAAAAGCAUAAGAUGGAACCGAACAAGUACAAGUGGACGCACUCGGAGUCCGUAACUGGCAACAAGUUCAUCCCCAAACACGACACCAACAACAAUCAGAAUGUGGAGAACAUGAACAAGGUGCUGGCCAGCGAGCAGCAGCCUCCAGUGAAGGAAGACAAACGUUCAGGCUCCUUCCGCCCGCAUCAGGCUGACAAAUUCAAUCAAAAUGCGUACGAGAACGGCAAUCACGGCAAUCAGCCACAGCCGCAAAACACUAAUUCAAACAAUUCCAAAUUCAUGUCAUUCUUCGCCCGUGAGAGAAACACUUCGUCGUCGUCACUGAAUGAAUUCUUUAAGCAGGCAAUGAAUCAGGGUCAUGCCACCAAUCCCGAGCAGCCCAAGUCCCUCGGCAACAUGAACCAGAUGCCGUCAGUCGAACAGUUAGAGGCCAAGUGGCGGCGCAACUCCUUGUCUUCUGCGGGCGAGUCUGCCAUGAAACAGUCUGAUAAUUUCCAGAAACUUAUUGGCUCCCUUAGUGCGGCCAAGCCACAGGUUCCAGCCCAGCCGCCGGCUGUGGGAAACGAUGCCAUUUCCAACUUCAUCAUUCAGCAACAGCAGUACCAACAGCAGCAACAGAAGCAACAUAUGCUUAUCCAGCAACAGCAGCAGCAGACCGCCUUCCUGGCUGGCUUGCAAUUAAAGGCCAUUUUGGGAAGGGCCGAUACCCAAAUGCUUCUAUUGCGUCUGACCAAAGGUGAAAUUUCCAAGCAUGGUCUAUUGGUGCAGUUGGCCAAUCCUCGGCUCUCCAACAUGGAUCGUGAGGCCAUCACAGCGGUGCUGCAGUUCACCAACACACAGCAGCAGCAGCAACAGCACCAGCAGCAGCUGGACAUGCUCUCGAGCACUGUAAUCGCCAGCCAGCUCCAAAAUCUUCACAAUCUGGCCAUUGUCCAGCAGACCCUGGCAACCAGACAGCAACAGCAACAGCAACAGCAGCAGCAGCAGCAAUUGUCGCAACAAAUGCCACCGCAGCAAUUGUCGCAGGAGGAUCUGCAGGCCCAUGCGAAUGUUAUUAUGCGGAAUGCUGUGAUGAAGCGCAAACUGGAGGAGCAGACCUCCAAACUGAUCAGCGCCGGGGCCAAGAAUCUUCAACAGCAACCGCAGCAGUCGCGCGGUCAGCAGCGUCAAACUCGACCGGAUGCCUCUUCGAAUGCUCUGUUGCAGGCUCUGAUCUCUGGGGCCAACAACAACCAGGCUGUGGGCCAUCUUAUGACCGGCCAGCAUUCGAACCAUCGACGCGCCGCCAACGAGGGAAGCUUGCGGUUCGCAGAGAAUCAAAAUUACCAAACCGCUGACCAGUCCAGUCAACCUCAUUUCGCGGCGCAGUUCAAGCCGCACUAUCAGCCACAAGUCCAGCAACCACAAGCAGUCCCACCACAGCACUCGCACAUUCGCCGCCAGGAUACCAACUCACAGAUGCAGGCUCAGCAACCAACCAUUGCCAUGAUGCCCAGCGGUCGAGAUGAGUUUCAUUAAAGGAUUCAAGAAGUUCGCAACGACGACUGUCGGUCUGAUGGCCAUCGGCCUAGGAUCCACUGCCCUACUAUACACCGUAAAUCGCAUAUUUAUACAGCCCCAUCUGAAUCAGAAACGCCGGCUGCAAGCCGAAGCCUGCGCGGAGUACUUGUUCCAACAGGAGUCGCAACACCCAGUCGCCACAUCAAGCUCCAUUCGAAGCGAAUAAUGAGAUGAGAUGGAAUUAACGUGAUUUUACAAAAAUCUUUUUUAUAUACCUAGAAUAGCCGUAGUGUUUAGCAACCAAAUUUCAAAGCAGUAACCAUGGUGAACAAUGGAAUUUUACUUUCAUAAGUCCGUUUUUGCAUAGGCAGGACACCAAUAUUAAUUUCGAGAACUUGGCAUAUUUUCUUAUUUUCAUCAUACUGUAAAACGCUUAGGUUAAUAUCCAAUGAAAUUUUUAUGAAAGAAAUAUGAAUUGAUUAAAUAAAUUGAAUAGCACAAUUGGUUGAAAUAUAAAAAAAAAACAUA